AUGCUGUCUUUCCGCAGGACGACCGCCGCCGCGGGGCUGCUUGCUGCCGUCGCCCUUGUCCCCGUUGUAUCGGCCUGGAACGAGGACGUCCACCAGCAGAUCGGCUUCCUGGCCGAACAGUUCUUGACGAAACGCACGAGCUCCGUGCUCGCGCAGAUCCUAGAACCAGAGUACAACGGGUCAAUUGGCAAUGCGGCAGCGUGGGCGGACGAGUACUCGCACACGGAAGAGGGCGCCUUCUCGUACCAAUGGCACUGGAUCGACUCGGCAGACGAUCCUCCAUCCUACUGCAACGUCUACUACCACCGCGACUGCAGCGCCGGCGGCUGCGUCGUCUCCGCCAUCGCCAACCAAACCUCCAUCCUGCGCUCCUGCAUCGCCGCCUCGAAGCAAGCCCCUCUUGCAGACAGCACCACCGCCACCACCAACCUCACCUGCUCCUACGCCCUCAAGUGGGUCGCCCACUUCCUCGGCGACAUCGCGCAGCCGCUGCACGCCUCGGGCGUCGCCGCCGGCGGCAACGGCUUCCGCGUGCCCUACAACGGCAGCAACGUGACGCUGCACAGCGUGUGGGACGGGCACAUCAUCUACCAGGCCGCCGGCGUGUCGGCGUUCCCCAACGCCACCGGCCUCCAGCCCUUCUUCGCCGACCGCCUGCUGCCGCGCAUCCUCGCCGACGCCUUCCCCGACGCGCCCACGAAGGAAUGGCUCGCCUGCGCCGACCCGAGCACGCCGACGGCCUGCGCCCUCGCGUGGGCCCGCGACAGCAGCGUGUGGAACUGCGAUUACGUCUACUCCCAAGACUGGAACGGGACGGCGACGGGCGAUCUGGCCACGAGCGGGUAUGCUGAGAACGCGUUCCCGAUCGUCGAGCUGCAGGUGAGCAAGGCGGCGCUGCGGCUGGCGACGUGGUUGAAUGCAUUGGUCGAGGGAACAUAUGACGAGGGGAGGGAGCUUGUGGUGCAGACGACCCCGAGUUGGAUCGGCGGGCCGAAUGAGGGGGCCUGA